GUUUAAUGUUACGAUGCUAAGCUAAAUUAAAAUUGACAGUUCUAAUCAAAUCACUCGAAGUAUGUUCAAUGAAUACAUUUGUUUUCUGACUUAAUAAAUCAAGGAUGGUUUCGUUUAAUAAAUGCCGCAUCAGUCAAAUAUGUCGGACUUCUACAAUAGUCAACCGCGAAAAGCUUUUCCUCCUCUUUUGCUUGACCGUGACAUUCUUGUGGACUCUACCUUACCUGUACUUCUCCCUGCCGAGAAUCGUUUCCAGGCGCUACCGGCCCGUACCCUUCAGCCCGCCGGUCAGCACCCAGCCAGCUUGCAUGUUCCCUGACCUUGACCCGUAUGACCCCAGCGUGAUAGAUGUCUUCAGAAAAACCCCGGCCUUCCGCUGUAAGGGAGAGAUACCGUACUUCACCACUGUGGGCAACGGUAUCGUGAUGGUCAAUUUCUCCAAAGUCGCUAUGGUAACCCAAAAUAUCUCCAACUUCAAGCAUUGCCGUUACUACACCCGUGCCCGAGACCCGACCGGUCCGGACGACCGGGCAAUCCAAACAAUCCGGGUGAGUCCGUUUUUUAGGAACUCAAUUAACUUAACCGGAGAUGAAGACUACAUAUCAGUGGAUUGUUUUAAUAUGAGGGACGUGAUUAUAUCACGGUCGUUUCAUCAAAUCCUGCGCAUAAAACCCCAACUGGAAGCGGAAUUGGACGCGAAUUUGAAAAGACAUAAAAAACAGAACGCGCCGAAAGAAAUCAUGAGCGUGAUUAUAUUUGGCAUCGACGGCGUGUCUAAGCAAAAUUUCCAUCGCUCAAUGCCGAAGACUAGAGAUUUUCUUCUUCAUACAAUGAAAGCUAUAGAACUCCUUAAAUUCAACAAGAUCGGCGUUAACACCUUACCGAAUAUAUUCCCGCUUCUCACUGGAAAACUUUUGAGCGACGUGGAUUCGUCCUGGAACUGGACACUUGGUGAUAACUUCGACGCCAUCAACGAUUUAUUUUUAUGGAGUCAGUUCCGUAAAGCCGGAUACAGAAGCUCUUUGAUUCUGGAUUUAGCGAACAACUCGGCGUUCCAUUACUAUAAGAAGGGGUGGAAGAAGGCGCCGGUGGAUUACUACCCGCGGGAGCUGAUUCUAGACACGGAGACCUACCGGAAGGACAAGUUCAUGCUGUGCAUGGGGGACGAGCCGGAAGUGAGCGUCUUGAUGGAGCACGUGCUCCAGCUGGCGGCCAUGUUUAAUGAAUCCACCAAGACGCCGUACUUUGUAUUCAGAUUUGCAGCCAUGUUGACUCACGAUAACCCCAAUCACGUCAGCGCUGGUGAUGAACUUUACCUCGACUUUCUCAAAAAUCUGGCCAAACAAAACCUCUUGCACAACACGCUCUUCUUGUUUAUGAGCGACCAUGGGGCCAGAUUUGGCGAUAUACGAAGCACUUUCAACGGCAUGCUGGAGGAAAGAAUGCCGAUGUUUUAUCUAGUCUUUCCCGGAUGGUUUCAAACUAAAUACCCAAAGCUGAUGAAAGUCGUGAAAAUGAACCGAAAACGCCUGACAACUUUUUUGGAUAUUCACGCAACGUUAAAAGAUAUUCUCUAUUUUAAUGCAACAACGGGGCGAGGUGACUUGACCCAGUCUGGGAUUAGUUUAUUCAAGAAUAUUCCAAAAGAAAGACUAUGCCAUCACGCGCUGGUCGCAGACGAUAUCUGCGCGUGCAAUCGCAACAUCACCAUGGUGGAUAUCUCGGAGAAGGAGGUGUCGGAGCUGAGCCAGGCGUUGGUGAGUGAGAUUAGGUUCUACACCCGUCUGGAGAGAGACAGAUGCGCGCCCCUGGAGCUGAAGAGCAGCGGUCGGAUUGCGAUGUUGCCUGUGGUCCAACACAUGACUGAGCGGUAUAUCAUGACGGUGGUGACGCAGCCUGGGGAUGGCGUGUACCAGGGGGUGGUGGAGCGCUCCCCGGCGAAGGAGGGGAACGCCCUGGUUGGGAACGCCACCGGGGCGGGUGUGAACAGCCCGUGGGUGUAUCGUGUGUUGGGGAGCGUCCUGAGGCUCAAUCUGUACCGGGGACAGGCCGAGUGCGUGGAGAGCGUGUACCUCAUGCCCUUCUGUUUCUGCCUGCGUCCGCCGUCACCAUGA